AUGGCGGAGCACCUGCCGCAAGUUGUGCCCUAUCUCAUCCAGCGACUGGCCGACAAGAAAGCCCUUGUCAGGAGUAUUACUUGCUGGACGCUCUCGAGGUACUCUUCCUGGAUCGUCCAGCAGUCGAUGGUCUCCCACGACACGUAUCUAAAGCCGCUGAUCAACGAGCUUCUGCAGCGCAUCGUGGACCACAACAAGCGCGUCCAAGAAGCCGCCUGCUCGGCCUUUGCGACUCUGGAGGAAGAAGCCUGUGGCGAACUCGUCCCCUACUUGACCUACAUCCUCGACACGCUCGUCUUCGCCUUUUCCAAAUACCAGAAAAAGAACUUGCUCAUUUUAAACCUAAAUCCGGACUACAUUUCCGUUUGUAACAACGCUUGCUGGGCGAUCGGCGAAGUGGCCAUCGUCCACGGCGAAGGGAUGAAGCAGCACAUCCAGACGGUUUUGCCGCCGCUUAUCGACAUUUCGCGGCGGGUGACGACGCCAAAGACGCUUUUGGAAAACACGGGAAUCACUUUGGGCCGGCUAGGUCUGUACUGCCACAAAGAAGUGGCCCCUUUCUUGGGCCAGUUCAUCCGCACCUGGUGCACCAGCUUGAGGAACAUUCGCGACAACGAGGAAAAAGACUCCGCUUUCAGGGGAAUGUGCCUCAUGAUCAGGGAGAACGCUGCCGCCGCCGUUCAUGAAUUAAUAUACUUCAUCGACGCGAUCGUCUCCUGGAUCAAUCCAAAGGAGGAUCUAAAACAGAUGUUCUCGCAGAUUUUGAACGAGUUCCGCGCGCAGGUCGGGGAAGUGCAAUGGACGAACUUCCGGAGCCAGUUUCCAGCACCACUUUCGGAAAAGCUCGCCGCCCAGUACAACAUGUAG